CUGUCGACGAUGUAUGAAUAACAGCCGGGACCCACAAUUACAUAUUUAAGACUCUUUUUAAAUCUAAACUUCUCGUCCCCAGAUUAAAAGUAACAGACUACCAAUACCUACUGAACGAAAAAUUAAAAAACCGGAUCAACAUGUCAUCGGUAGACCUAUACACGAUGGGACAAAAACUACAAGAACAAUCCAGCAUCUACAAUCGAAGGAUCACCCGGCCAGAGACAAGACGCCAUUUGAAAAUAUUCAACACCUACCAUAGACUGCUAAAAAACGAGAAAUUUGUCGAUGGUCUAAAGAGAGAAUUGAAACACGAUGACUAUGAUUUCCGUAAUGGGACGUGCAGUUUGAACGACGCGUUAAAAUAUGAUGUCAAGUAUUAUGUGAAAUUAAAGGGGAGUAAGUGUUUUCGGAGGUUGAGUAAACGACCCGACGUUAUAGAGAAAUUUACUAGGUUUUUAAAUAAGUUUGCUGAUCCAAAAUAUCCUUUUGAUGAAGAAAUGUCUUCGGUUAUCCUGCAAAAGCUAGAAGGGAAUUUGAACCUUCGAUAUGGUGAAGUAGACUUCAAGAGAAUAAUAGCAUAUCUCCGAAAGGCACUAAGAUACCAUGGAUCUAAAACCAACACUCAAAUAAUUCAACUGCAGAGCAAAAACUGCGUUACUAUAUAUUUGUCCGGGUGCUUCUGUAGGCAUGGGUUCGUGGAAAACCAGGGUCUGUGCGUGAGACCAGAAGACUGUAUUGGCAACUCUGCCCACAUAGACUACUUACAGAGAAUCGUUAUACAUUGACCUUUAUACAUUGUGUAUGUGAGAUCAGUGUAUCUCUACCUUUAUUUAAGUUUAUUGUUAUCAAGUUAAAUAAAUUAUUAUGAAAUUUUA